AUGCAUCUCCUCGCCGUUCUUUGUGGCCUCCUUUUCUCCCUGCACACUCCUCCUACAUGCUCUGCGGCGACAGAUACACUCUCACGUGGUGGCUCGCUGGCCGGAGACGAGAGGCUUGUCUCCAGCAACGGCAAGUUCGCGCUCGGCUUCUUCCAGACCAACAGCAACAAUUCCACGAACACCACCUCCAACUCAUACCUUGGAAUAUGGUUCCACAAGGUCCCCAAGCUGACACCGGUGUGGAGCGCCAACAGGGACAACCCGGUCUCCAGUCCUGCCUCACCGGAGCUCAUGAUCUCCGACGACGGCAACCUGGUCAUCAUAGCCCAUGGCACCAAGGUCUGGUCUACCCAGGCCAACAGCACCGUCGCUGUUCUGCUGGCCGACGGGAACCUUGUCCUGCGGAGCUCCUCCAACUCCUCAGACAUAUUCUGGCAGAGCUUUGACUACCCAACCGACACCCUGCUACCCGGUGCAAAACUGGGCAGAAACAAGGUCACCGGUCUGAACCGCCGUUUUGUUUCAAGAAGGAAUCUGAAUGACCAAGCUCCUGGUGUCUAUUCCAUUGGCCUAGCUCCUGGCCUUGAUGAGAGCAUGAGGCUGUCAUGGAAAUCGUCUACAGAGUAUUGGUCUUCUGGCGAGUGGAAUGGCAGAUACUUCAACGCAAUACCGGAGAUGUCGGAUCCCGCUUACUGCAAUUACAUGUUUGUUACCAAUGACCAGGAAGUCUACUUCUCCUACACCUUGGUGAAUGAGAGCACAAUAUUUCAGGUUGUGUUAGAUGUCUCUGGUCAAUGGGAGGUGCGCGUAUGGGACUGGGACAGAAAUGAUUGGGUCACAUUCAGCUACUCUCCAAGAAGUCAAUGUAAUGUCUAUGCUGUUUGUGGAGCUUUCACAAUCUGCUCUAACAACGCAAAUCCGUUGUGCUCCUGCAUGAAGGGCUUCUCUGUAAGGUCGCCUGAGGAUUGGGAACUGGAGGACAGGACUGGUGGGUGCAUCAGAAAUACUCCAUUGGAUUGCAACGACAGCAACAAGCGUACAAGUAUGUCAGAUAAAUUCUAUCCUAUGCCAUUCAGUAGGCUGCCCAGUAAUGGCAUAGGUAAACAAGAUGCUACAAGUGCAAAAGCAUGUGAGGGAUUUUGUUUGAGUAAUUGCUCUUGCACAGCGUAUUCCUACAGCCAAGGUGGUUGCUCUGUUUGGCACGACGAUCUAACCAAUGUAGCUGCUGAUGACAGUGGGGAAAUUCUCUACCUUCGUCUUGCUGCAAAAGAGGUGCAAAGUGGGAAAGACCAUAAACAUGGAAUGAUCAUCAGUGUUAGUGUUGCUGUGGGUGUAAGCACUGUCACCUUAGCGUUCAUCUUCCUAAUUGUGAUUUGGAGAAGCAGUAAGCGAUCUAGUCAUCCAGUGGACAAUGAUCAAGGUGGCAUUGGAAUCAUUGCAUUCAGGUAUGUUGAUAUGAAACGUGCAACUAACAAUUUCUCGGAGAAGUUAGGCGCAGGUGGUUUCGGUUUUGUAUUUAAAGGGUGCCUGAGUAACUCGGUUGCUAUAGCUGUGAAAAGGCUAGAUGGUUCCCACCAAGGACAAGGAGAGAAGCAGUUCAGGUCUGAACUCACUCUCCUUCGAAUCCGGAGUCAUUUCUUCACAGUGGGUGGGUGGGAGAUGGUGCUGAGGCGGGCAGCGGCCGAAUGCCCCAAGAAGGUUGCGGGGCUGAUGGAUCUGGUGAACCUGUCCACCCAGUUGCGAGAGUUUGCCGGGGGCCGGUCCCAAAUGUCCCAUAUCUCCUUCUUCCUCCGGGUCUGGUCGUACAUCAAGGACAACAAACUUCAGCUUCUACUUGGUUAG